AUGUCAGUCAGUAAAAAACGUAAAAUCUCGGAUGAAAGUCGCGUUUUUCAAGAAAAAUGGUCCAAUAAUUAUUUUUUUAUUCAAGUUAAAGAAAAGGCAAUAUGUUUGAUUUGUCAAGAAUCGAUUGCAGUGAUGAAAGAGUACAAUUUAAAACGACAUUAUGGUACCAAACAUGCAGCAAAAUAUGAUAUGAUACAAGGACAACUUCGAAUUGACAAACUUGCAUUGUUAAUGAAAAAUAUACAAGGUCAGUCUUCCGGUUUAAAAAAAUAUCAUAAAGACUCAGAAGCCAGUGUCAAAGCUAGUUUUAUAAUAGCACAAAAAAUUUCCGCUAAAUCGAAGCCGUUCACUGAUGGUGAAUUUAUAAAAGAGUGCAUGGAGGCGGCCUCUGAAAUUUUAUGUCCAGCACAAAAACAACUUUUUUCCAAAUUGAGUUUAUCAGGUGUAACUGUAGCAAGGCGUAUAGAAGAACUAGGAACUGAUAUUGAGAGCACCCUAAAAGAACGAAUUUCUAAAUUUAUUUUUUAUUCGCUGACCCUUGACGAAAGUACAGAUUUGUCAGAUACUGCUCAAUUAGCAAUUUUUGUUCGGGGUAUCGAUUCUAAUUUUAAUAUCACUGAAGAAUUAGCCGCGCUUUUUCCAAUGAAAGGCACAACAAAAAGUUGUGAUAUUUUUAAUGCGUUAAUAUCGACACUUAACCGUUUUGACAUCAAAUUAAAUAACCUUUCUGGAGUUAUAACCGAUGGAGUAAAAAAUAAUACGUGGCCCGCUGCAUAA